CUUAGCCCACCCCAGAUCCGCCAACGAGCUUUCUAGAUUCUACCACCAGGCAUUCGCGCUACGCCCGCCACCGCCCGUGCCCGACGAAAAUUUCUUUGGUCCUAGGGGGAAGCCCGGUUUAUAUUUAGUUGGGAUGGGAUUUCGGUAGCCCCCCGGGAAACCCGUCAGCCCCAAGUUAUACCUAUUUCCCGGCUUCAUUAAACAGGGGAACUUUCCCUCCCCUUCCGAGGCUCUUGGAGACCUGGACUGAGGCGCUUGACAACCUAAUCCUGCUGGCUAUCUGAGCACCGGUGAUGUCCAUGGCUCCGCGAAUCAUCUCCACCCACGAAUGGGCACCGGCCCAGGAAGCUGUUUACGACGAUCUCUCCCAGAGCCCGGAGGAUUUCUCUCUUCCGCGAGACAGCCACAGUGUCGUUGCAUCCAACGAGACUAGAGGACGUAGCGUGAGCCUGUCAUUGCUGUGGCGACCGCGUCCGAAGUCCUCAGUCUAUAACCUCGACGAUAUCGCCUCCAAGUCAAGACGAUUGAGCCUGGAAAAGAGCAAGAGCCAUGGGUUUGCGAACGAGGGGGGUGGCAUUGGAAACGCCAAUGUGGCUAGGCCCUCAAGACCGGAGCAGCCCCUCAAUUUCAAGGGCUUCAUCCGGCGCGCUUCCAUUUCUGUCAAGUCGGGGGUGAAGGGCAUUGUCCACCGUCGAACCUCGGUCCCGGCCCCGGUUGCGCCUUUCGAACACGAUGAUCCCUACCGCCACCAGCGAUUUGCGUUCCACCCGCACGCCAGCAACCCCCGCCCCACGACCGCGCAUUCUACCUGGCACCGCCUCCGGCAGGCCGCCAGCUUCCACCGAUACUCGCGCGUGCUGCACACCGGCCAUGAAGAUCGAGUCUUUGGCCUCGACCCCAUCGAAUCCCCAACGUUUCCCGUCCCGGGCUCCGGAGAACAGCCGCCGAUCAUUCCGCGAAAUACUGGCGCCGCGGCGAGGCAAGCUGCUGCGAGCGCGUACAGGGACCUCAACGAGUUUGGGCCUUCAACUGGGUUGACGCCGAAGCCAAACUGGCUUGCGCCCGAGGAGGGGCUCGACGAUUACGAGAGCGGCAUCGGGAUCGCGCUGACCAGCUCCGAGAUUGAGAUCUAUGUCCCGUCGGGAGAGGUCGACUCGGACGUGGACGUUGGCGUGGAUGGGGCCGCGGAGGAGUCGCAUAUCAGCAGGAUCGACUUUGUGUCUCGGCUACCCAUAGAACUUGCUAUCCAGAUUCUUUCCUAUCUGGACGCCGCGGCGCUGGCGAGCGCAAGCCGCGCGAGCAAGCGGUGGAAGACGACGGUGGCUAAUCAGCACAUCUGGCGCGAGUCGCUCAUGAGAGAGAAGACCACGACAUAUGCGACUAGUGGGCGUGUGAAGCCGGGCACGGGGUUGGGCAUCCCUGCUGUGCAGCCGGGGACAGACUGGAAGGAGAUCUACAGGGUGAAGGAGGAGCUCGACAGGAGAUGGAAGGAGGGCAAGGCUCGACCAGUUUACCUGAACGGACACUCGGACAGCAUCUAUUGUCUGCAGUUCGACGAAUCCAAGAUCGUCACCGGCUCCCGCGACAAGACGAUCCGCGUCUGGGACAUGCGCACCUUCGCCUGUAAGCUGGUUAUUGGUCCUCCAGAUGUCAUCAAUGACCCGACCCUGGCGCUCCUGUACGACGAGGACGGAAGUCCAGUCCACUACGCUACUCUUCCAGACUCAGACUCGGCGCCCGCUGGAAGCAAUGGGUUGCCUCCACCACCAGCCCGUGCGCACCAGUCAACCCCCGCCCUCGUGUCGUUCCCCACACACCAUAACGCGUCCAUUCUCUGUCUUCAGUACGACGACAACAUCCUGGUCACCGGCUCCUCCGACGCCACCUGCAUCGUCUACAACCUUCGGUCGGGCUACCGGCCCAUCCGGCGGCUGCGCCACCACAGCGCGGCGGUGCUGGACCUGGUCUUCGACGACAAGCACAUCGUGACGUGCUCCAAGGACAUCAGCAUCUGCGUGUGGGACCGCGAGACGGGCAGCCUCAUCCGGCAGCUGCGGGGCCACUCGGGCCCCGUGAACGCGGUGCAGAUGCGCGGCAACACGAUCGUGUCGUGCUCGGGCGACUUCCGGGUGAAGCUCUGGAACAUCGACACGGGCAAGAACAUUCGCGAGUUCAGCGGGCACACCAAGGGCCUGGCGUGCAGCCAGUUCUCCGAGGACGGGCGGUACGUGGCGUCGGCGGGCAACGACAAGGUGAUACGCAUCUGGGACGCCAACACGGGCGAGUGCGUGCGCGAGAUGCGGGCGCACGACAACCUCGUGCGCAGCCUGCACGUCGACUCGGUGUCGGGCCGCCUCGUCAGCGGCAGCUACGACACGGACAUCAAGGUCUUCGACAUGGAGUCGGGCCGCCAGCUGCUCGACUUCCCGCGCUGGCACAACAGCUGGGUGCUCAGCGCCAAGAGCGACUACAGGCGCAUCGUCAGCACGGGCCAGGACCCCAAGAUCCUGGUCAUGGACUUUGGCGCCGGCGUCAGGGGCGUCGAGAUGCUCGAGACGGCCCCGGGGACUACUACUGCUAAUGCUAAUGCUAAUGCCGAGGCGUCCUCGCAUGACGUGGACGGGGGCUAUAUCUGAACCCGGUCCCUGGGCAUGGGGGGGCUCUGGGGAGAAUGCAGAAGGAUAAUCCUUAAUUUGGUCGUUCGCGGCAUCAGUUCGCGCGAUCAGCACAAGGCUGAAUACGAAUCCCAUCCGUCGACCUCC